GGAAUAUAUCCCGCACGAGGCUCAGGGAGCAGAGUUGUGCAGAGUUCCGGGGACGGUGGCACUGGACGUGCCCAAGGGCAGCGAGAGAUCAGCCCGGGCCUUGCAGAGUGGCCAUGGACCCUAUGGGGGCAGCAGAAUCCUCAGUGCCCCCGGGCCCUCUGACUCACCUGAGCCUGCUGGACAGCUCGGAGGCGCUGCCGCAGAUCGGAGCCGACGGGCGGAGCCUCGCGGGCAGUUGGACCAGGUCCUCCCCGGAGUGUACCACCAUCCUGAGGGAAGGCGUGUGCAGGUGUCUGCAGCAAGGAUGCGAACAGACAGUGCGGAUCCUACAUGCCAAGGUGGCCCAGAAAUCAUACGGAAAUGAGAAGCGGUUCUUCUGCCCCCCGCCCUGUGUCUACCUCACGGGUCCCGGCUGGAGGGUGAAGCCAGUGCAGGGUCAAGCCCACCAGGCGGGGGAGACCGGGCCUACAGUCUGUGGUUACAUGGGACUGGACGGCGCGUCCGGCAGCGCGGCCGAGACGCAGAAGCUGAAUUUCGAGGAGCAGCCGGACUCCAGGGAAUUCGGUUGUGCCAAGACCCUGUACAUCUCCGACGCCGACAAGAGGAAGCACUUCCGGCUGGUGCUGCGGCUGGUGCUGCGAGGGGGCCGCGAGCUGGGCACCUUCCACAGUCGCCUCAUCAAGGUCAUCUCCAAGCCGUCGCAAAAGAAGCAGUCGCUGAAAAACACCGACCUGUGCAUAUCCUCAGGCUCAAAGGUCUCCCUCUUCAACCGCCUGCGCUCCCAGACGGUGUCCACGCGCUACCUCUCUGUGGAGGAUGGGGCCUUUGUGGCCAGUGCAAGACAGUGGGCUGCCUUCACGCUCCACCUGGCUGAUGAGCACUCCACGCAAGGGGACUUCCCACCUCGAGAGGGCUACGUCCGCUAUGGCUCCCUGGUGCAGCUUGUCUGCACAGUCACCGGCAUCACGCUACCUCCUAUGAUCAUCCGCAAAGUAGCCAAACAGUGUGCUCUCCUCGACGUAGAUGAGCCUAUCUCUCAACUGCACAAGUGUGCCUUCCAGUUUCCAGGUGGCCCUCCAGAAGGGGGUGGCACCUACUUAUGCCUUGCCACAGAGAAGGUGGUGCAAUUCCAGGCCUCUCCGUGCCCCAAGGAGGCCAACAGGGCGCUGCUCAACGACAGCUCUUGCUGGACGAUCAUCGGCACCGAGUCGGUGGAGUUCUCCUUCAGCACCAGCCUGGCGUGUCCGCGGGAGCCGGUCACUCCGGUGCCGCUCAUCAGCACCCUGGAGCUCAGCGGCGGGGGUGACGUGGCCACGCUGGAGCUGCAUGGAGAGAACUUCCACGCGGGGCUCAAGGUGUGGUUCGGGGACGUGGAGUCAGAAACCAUGUACAGGUGCGGGGAGCCCGAGGUCCCUGGUGUGCGUGGUGCCCGACGUGGCGGCCUUCGGCAGCGACUGGCGCUGGCUGCGCACUCCCAUCACGGUGCCCGUGAGCCUGGUGCGCGCCGACGGGCUGCUCUACCCCAGCGCCUUCACCUUCACCUACACCCCGGAGUACAGCGCCAGGCCCGGCUCUGCCGGCGCCGCGGAACCUGCCACGGACGCCGACGAGCUCCUGGAGAGCAUCCACCACGAGUUCACGCGCACCAACUUCCACCUCUUCAUCCAGACGUAGGCGAGGUGGGGCACGGCUGCCGCCGCCGAGGCCUGUGCCCGCGACUGCUCCAGCUGUCAAGUCUUGCUCCCUGGCCCCUAGGCUGUGAAAGGGCAAGAAAGCUGGCCAGGGAACCUCAGUCUUAAGUGUCACUUGCUUGUCCUUCGGCAUGUAGGAAGACACGACCUGAGUGAUGCUGUCCAUAUUCAGUGUGCGUGUUUCUCCCGAUCUCCUGCCUCUGAAUCACUCUGUCUCUAUCAUUUAUCUGUUAUCUGUCUAUUUAUCUAUCUCUGCCUCAGUAACUUUGUCUGGUCCCUGUCCCCUCUGUCCAAGUCUCUCCUUUCUCUCACAAUUUCACACGCUGGGUGGAGGGAUCCGAGCCAAGCCUGGGUCAUUUGCCCUCCAGGCAUCUGUGUCCCGACUUGAAGAGAAAACACAUAAUUUCGCAAACCCUGCCAUGAGGCGAGUCUUCUGAAUCGCGGCCAGCAUGCCCUGGAGCACUGGUUUUGCUCAGAGUACCAGAUCUGAUCGGCAGCGCCAAGUCCCAGAGAACUCAAAGUCGCAUGUGAACACUGGAUCCACUGGGAGCACUGGUCCUGUUAUGGGGCACCAGAAUAUGCCACCCCCUGUACUCCCCCAGGGCUGGAGCCACCUCUGUACCCUUGCCUGUGUUUGCUCUCUGGCCCACAGCUGUGGUGGCCGAGCAGUGCCCGGGGCAGCAGGCCGGCUUUGCCAUCUUAACCACCUCCCCAGUUAUUUCUCCUGCAGGCCCAAUAGGAUGCAGCCCCGAGGAUCAGGGAUUCCUCUGCUGUUCUAGAAUCAGUCUCUGUCCAGAGCAGAUUCUGUGGUGCAGAGAGCCUGCCAUUUUGAUCUUUUCUAGAGGUAACUGGCAUCCCUGAGCCCAUGUCACUGCCCUGGGAGGCCACCUAUCAGCUCCAGUGACUAAUUACAGCUACAUCCACAUCUCAGGCAAGAAUGUACCCCAGGCACAGAGACAAACACGGGAGCCCUUCGGAUAACCAGACAGAGCCCUUGGGAUAAGUGGGCAAUAACACAGCCCAAAGAGGGCACAAUCCAUUCCUGACCAGGCUGCCCACAUUUCUUCUCAGGGAAGGAAAAAUAAACAAACGUCAGGCAGGACCCUGGCUUAGGCUAUGGGUGCCAAGGACAUGGGUGGUGCCAGUUACCUGUACCAGCCCUGGUGGUCUAACAGGGACACCUGGUCUGAAAUGGGCUCAGCACCCAAACCCAGGAGCCCUUCCUUGACCUCUGAGGAAAAGCUCAUUUCUUAUAAAACCCCUCCCCCCGCAUGUGGAAGUUCCCAGAAGACUCUAUGGGAAAUCCCUUUAUGAGCAAAUCUCUAUUAGGUUUGCUUUUUAGACUCACUGGAGUCCUGAGUAAUUCUGUGAUCCACCAUCAGCAAACCCACUGUGAGGGGCAAGGGAGAAUCUUGCUCAUAUCCCAUGUGGCCCCUGAAGCUGAAUCCUAGCUGAGGAACACAGGAUGCACUGGGUCAAAAAGAAAGUCUCCAAAAUGAGUGCCUGCCUUGAAGGGUUUAUACUGCAUCUCAUGGUGGUGUUGAAGCCGGAAGGAAGCUAAGAGGGCUUUUGUAGCACACCCCGUGGGGAGCGAGGCUCAAGGGCCCAUUCAUCCCGGCCCUCAAGGGCUUCCUCUGCCACUCCUCAAGAAAGGAGCCUUGGGAGUCAAGAACCUCGGUGGGCCUGCAAGCCCAGGCCUGGCCACGCAGCAGUGUCCUCCUCUUCUGUCUUCUCAGGGGAUCCUACAAGCCUUGAUCCCACCUGUAAGUCUGUGACCCCCAAAGCUCCGUCCCUGGCCUGGGCCCUCCUGGAGCACUUCCUUACACCUGGGCCUCCAUCAUCUAACAGCCGAUUUUCUUUCCUCUCCACCUCCUCUGCAGCACCAGACUUUCUAUCUCCUUCCCCCAGCACACUCUGUCAGCAAGGCCCGAGGACUCUGCUUCUCCUUCCUCACCAAACUAGCCUUUCUCCCUUGUUUUCCCUCCGCUACUGCCCUGCCUUCCAGAGCCAGGUCAGAUGUCACCUCCUCCAAAAAUUCCUCAACUACUUGAGGUAGAGUACCAACUCCAUAAUUUAUGGGGCCUAAAAAAAAAAAGAUGAAAAUACUUGCCUCCUAGUUCAAAUAACUUUAAGACGGAGACAGGAAAUGAUGAAAUCAAGCACAGAGCUCUUCUAAGCACAGGUCACACUCCAGCAAAAGCCUGGCCCCAGGCUUGUAUUCCAUCCCUUUGCCUCUUGACCUCAGGUCAAAGGGCUUUAUGUACCUGGAUUGUGAGCUUCAUGUUCAAGUAACUUUCAUCUCUGCGUGUUCUGAUGUCCAAGGCACAUCACAAUGCCUCCUACGGUGAAUUGGUAUUCAACAAGUAAAUAUAUUGCAUUGCAUGGCAGAUGAUUUGGAUAUUGCAAGUGCAAAAUAAAACCACAAGGUGGCACUGUU